CCUGUUUUAUUUUAUCUGUGUAUGCGGUGUAAUGGCGGGUACUAUGCUUUCAAACGCGCUUGAUGGUCCUGAAAUAGAUCUAAUUCCUAAUGAAUUGACACAUAAAAUAGAAGAUCUUUUAAAGUCUAAAGCAGAUGAAAUUAAUCAACUGAAAUCUAAAUAUGAAAAGCUUAGAGUAAAUUCAGAGCAACAAUAUUUUGAUAUUGAAAAACAGCUGAUUACAAGUAAUGGAAAACUUGAAGCAGAAACCAAAGUGAGGCAAGAUUUGCAAGAGAAGUACAACAACCUUGAAUGUAAAUAUGCUGAAACUAGUAGAAAGUUACUGGAGCUCCAAGAAAGUAGAGAUACAUUUCUUGCUUCAGAGCAUGAAUAUAAAACUGCACUCCAAAGUUUGGAAAAUGAAAACAGAGAUUUACUUUUGAUUUCCAACAAGAAAAGUAAAGAAAUUGAAAGUUUAAAUGGGGAAAUUACUGAGUUAAGGAAAAAAUUAAGUAUUGCUAACAAUGACAAAUGUGAAGCACAAGCCAAACUUAACAGUAUUCAGUCAGAAGAAGUCUCUCGAGAAUUUCGAGAGAAGCGUCUGGAACAGGAGAAAGAGCAACUAGAGAAACAGGUGGAAUGGUUAAACAAUCAGCUAACAGAGAAGACAAAUCAACUUUGUCAUGUUCGAAAAGAAAAGAUGAGUAAUAUAUUGGAAGUGCAGUCACAACUGGAAGAGAAAGUGCAAGAGCUGUCACAUUUACAGUCUGUGGUGGAGUCAAUGAAAGCUGCUGCUGAGGAGCAGAGUGCCAAAAUAGAUGGCCUUGUGAAGAAACUGAAGGAGGAAAGAGAUGAGCAAGUUCAAUUAGAGGAACAGUUCAGACAGGAACUUGCUGUACAAAAGAGGCUUACAGACCUAUACAAGGUGUCUGCAGAAGAGAAUGAUGAAAAGGUAACUGAGUUGACAGGUGCAGUAGAAGAACUGAGAAAUUUACUUAAAGCUGCUUCUAAAGCUUAUGAAGAAUUAGAAACAGAAAAGUUGAAUGAAAUCAACAAACUUCAAGCUUUAGUCACAGAAAAAGAUGAAACUAUUCAAAAGUUGCAACAGGAAUUAAAAAAUGCUAAUGAAUUAAUGACUGCUUUCAAGAGAGGUGCUGCCACAUUAACACAAGAAGCUGUAGAAAGUCUUUCUCCAUCUGCUGCUGCCAUAAGCAAGCUUUUGAAAUCUGGCAUGUCUCUAACUCAGAUCUACAAUGAAUAUGUGCAAGCCACUGAGGCUUUGAGUGAGGAGAGAGAGGAAAAUAAAAGAUUGAACUCUUACCUUGAACAGAUUCUUCAGGAGAUAGAAGAGAAGGCUCCUUUACUGAAGAAACAGAGAGAAGAUUAUGAGACUACAUUGAACAAUUUGGACCAGCUGACAUCACAAUUAGAUUCAGCCAUGCUGGAAUGUGAAAAAUUACGAGCUGAUGCUGAUGAUAUGAGGAGACGCUAUGGGCACAUACAGAGAGAAUGUACUAAAUAUCAGCAAACAUCUAAUGACCUUUCAAAGCAGGUUCAUCACCUGCUGAAGGAAGUGGAAGAGCUGAAAGGUGGCCGAGUGGUCAGAGAUGAGUUGGAUGUGUCAUCGUCUGAGGUCUCUAGCUCAUCAAACAUUAUCUCUGAAAAACUUGUGACUUUCAGGAGUAUUGAAGAGUUGCAACAACAAAACCAACGUUUGAUAGAGGUCUGUAGGGAACUUAGUGAAAAGAAAGAGUUAGAAGAAAAUGAAAUGACUUCAGAAAAAACUAAAGAAUUGAAAGAACAGUUAGACUUUGCUCUGUCAGAGUUAGAACAAUUAAAAGAUGCUAGAGCUAGACAGACAGAGCUGGUUGAAUCCAUUGUUCGUCAGAGGGAUAUGUACAGAGUUCUGUUACAGCAAGGACCUAAUGCUGAAGUUCUGAAUGUGACCCCUGUGACCUCCACCCCAGUGACUAGCAAUGUCAGGUCUGUGACCAGCCAGGACACAAAGGCUUAUGAUGCUGCUCGCAAGGAGUUGGAAGACACUAAGAAUGCUCUAAAAGAACUGAAAUCUGAGUUUGAAGCAUACAAAAAGGAGAAAGCAGAAAAUGAAAAACUUCAGAAUGAGACAGUAGAGAAACUGCGUCAGAAUGUGUCUGAUAUGAGAGUUACAAAUACUAAACUAUCAACUCAGUUGGACUUUGCCACUGAGCGCUAUAAAAUCAUUCAGAACAAUGCUGCUGGCUUCAAGAAAGAAAUAGAUCUUCUACAGGAGAGGAACCACCAGUCAGCCGCCAUCAUACUUAGACACGAGUCAGCAGUGGCUCACCUUAAAGAGGAAUUGAUGAGUGCUCAGGAGAAUGUGGCUAGAUGGCAAGUGCAAGUAGAAAAUCUGAAAACAGAAAAAGAACUUUUGAAAAACUCAGAGAAACGUCUUCGACUAGAGCUGGAGAGUAAAGAAAGAGAAAAGAACUCCCAGGCUAUGUUGAUGGCUAGCUUACAGGCCAUACAGAAUAAUUUAGAAAGAGCUGAGUUUGAAGCCAACACUAGACAUAGUAAUCAGAUUGAAGGUCUGGAAAGAGAGCUGGCCAACCUCAGGAGACGACUGGAGCAAUCUCUGGAGGAGAAAGCCAACCAGGCCACUCAAUGGGAGGACAUUGUGAAGAAAUUCCAACUGGAAAUGGAUCAUGAAAAAGAGAAGCAAGCCUCACUGCAAAUCAAAGCAGACAAUGCAGCAGUGGAAAUAGACACAUUGAAACAAGAACUGGCAACUUGUGAAAGUAAGUUGGCAGCAGCUGAACAGAAGUUAGAGAACCUGUCCAAACAGUCAGUGGAUGAUGAUGGAAGUUUAUCUCUGGAGGCCAGAAUAGAGAGUGAAGCUGUGAAGGAUUUGAAGAACCAACUGCUGCAACAAAACAACUUGAUCAGAAGCUUGCGACAGCAACUUGAAGCAGCCAAGAAACAUGUCAACCAAUACAAGACGAUAGCCAACAGUGUGGAGCAGAGUCUGAAGGAACAAUCCAAGACUAGCCAAGAACUUCAAGCCUCUUGUGAAAAGAAAGUCCAGGAUAUAAAACUUGAAAAGGAGACACUUGCUAAGCGUCUUGAGCUAUUAGAGAAAGACCAUGAGGCUGCACUUGCUGAAAAUGUUAGAUUGACUAGUGAGAGUAGCUCUUUGCAUGGAGACUUGAGGAAGCAGAUAGCAUCACUACAGAAUGAACUAGAGGAAGCUCUGAGUCAGAAAGAGUCUGCCAUGUCUAAUUGUGAGGCUGCCCAGCAAGAAUUGAAGCAACAAGCAGAAAUAGCCUCACAGGCGCAAGACAAGUACCAGAGGGAACUAAUGUUGCACGCUGCUGAUGUUGAAGCUUUAUCUGUUGUCAAGAAACAGCUGGAAGACCUUCAAGAACAUCUUCUGCAGUCUCAGGAGGAAACUGUUAUGUAUGAGAAACAGUUUACUGAAUCUAAGACUUCCUGGACGGAACAAGAACGUAUAUACAAGGAAGAGAUCAAAAUGUUAGAGUCUAGGUGUGAGGAAUUGACUAAUCAGAACUCUGUACUUCAUGACCAGAUGUCUAAAUUAAGUUCACAAGUCAUCAGCAUUCAGCAACAGGCUCGACGUGAAUCAGGUCAGGGUUUGAAUACAUCUUUCAGUGAUGAGCAAGGGAAGUCCUCAGAGCAGCUUCUGGAAGUCAUCAAAUUUUUGAGACGAGAGAAAGAAAUAGCAGAGGCUAAACUUCAAGUGGUGGACACAGAAUGUAUACGUGUGAAACAAAGAUUUGCACACCUAGAGAAGCAACUAGAAGAAACAAAUAAAGUAUUGUCAGAAGAGAGGAAAAAUACUCAGGUACAUGCUGAGACAGUAGCCAACCAAGUGGAACUGAUGAGGAAAGUCAGCAACUUAAAUGUCUUGACUGACAGCAACAAACUCUUACGAGAUGAGAGAGACCAGUUGCUUAAUAUAAAACAAGAGCUAGAAUCAAAGGUUGGCAAGUUGGAAUGUGACAUUGAACCCCUUCAGAACAGGUUGAGAGAACUAGAGUCAGAGAAGGAAACAGUAAUGUUAGAGAAAAGUAGCUUGCAAGAGGAACUGAGUCGUUGGAAGAAUCGCACAUCUAGUCUAAUUGAACAGAGCAACAAGACUGACCCAGAAGAACAUAAGAGAUUACUACAGGAAAAGGAAAACUUGAGGAAACAGUUGAUUCAGAUUAAGGAAGAAAAUUUUAAACUGAAAACUGAAAUCAACAGGUUGACAUCAAGCAAUAGCUCACUACAGACAGAAUUAAAUAACUUGAAACAAGACCUGGCUAAAGUGAGUCAAGAGCUGGCCAGUGUUAAAAAGCAGCUUGAGGACAAAUUAAAAGAAUCUGAGGAGUCCAAGACAACCAUAAAUCGCUUGAAGCAGAUUGGUCGCAAGUACAAAGAGCAGUCUGAAAAGGCAAUGAAAGAAUUGGAUGAUGUGAAGGUCAAGGCUGCUGGACAGGAGUCUGAGAAAGUCAACUUGGCUUCCCUGGAACAAACUAUAGCAGAGCUUCGUCGCACUCUCGUAGCUAACAGUAGUCAGAUCAGCUCACUAGAGGCCCAGUUGACUGAGUCUCAGAAAGAAAGCCAGGCAGCGCGAAAGAUGGCAGAGCAAUCUCAAGCAGAAGUCAACUCAUUAAAAGAAACAGUCAGCCUCAAAGAGCAGGAAAUGCUGCGUACCCAAGAGGAGAAUGCACGCUUCAGGGAAGAGAACAAAGUUUUAGCUCGUACACAGGAAGAAAGCUCACGCUUGAGAGAUGAGAACAGAGAUCUGAUCCAAAAGAAUCAAGAUGGAGACAAGAAGUUAGGCCAGUCAAGACAAGUUUUGCAGCAAGCUAGAUCAAAGAUGAUGAUACAAAAAUCCCAAAUGGAAAAACUGGAGAACGAGAACAAAGAACUUAAAGCUGCUAUAGCUGAUUUGCAGGGCACAACUGGAAGUGAUGCUGGUGAAACACUCAGAGCACAGUAUGAGACCAGACUCUCUAACCUCCAGAGGGAAGUGGAUGAGCUGAGAAGUGCUGCUAGUUCAUCAGAAGCACAAUUGGAAAGGUUACAGUCAGAGAACAUUGAAUUAGUCACCAAGACCCAACAGUUGACACGACAACUUGAUGCCGCCCAACACAAGAUUUCUCCUCCACAGCAAACUGUGCCAGCAAGACCAGCUAGUUCCGUUGGACCUAGCAACACCUCUUCCAUUGAUGCUCCCAAGACAGCUAAUAUCAAACCUAUGGCUACAGGGCCGUCCACUUCCAGACAGACUGUUGCCAUUACUUCUCAUAGUCCUGCAGCAGUCAAAGCCACAGCAAGUAUUCGUCCCAUGGCCAUCUCACCCACCACGCCAUCUCUGCCCAUGUCUGGUACUCCCCCAACUGCUACAGUGAUGCCAACAACGGCCAAUCAACAUGAUUCUUCUGAAGAUAACCUUCCAGGUCCCUCUGGCACACAGUCUAACAUCCCAUCAUCCCGUAUUCAAAUUGUUGAACCUCAAGUAGUGACAGACAGAAACCAGGACAAUACAGGUCAGUCUGACAUGUCUGAAGAUGGAGCCACCAACCAGGCUGUCGUUACCCCAAGCCUCCAGGAACCAGUUCCUCAGGUUGCCAGUGUUACUGCUCACAUAGCCUCCACAUCCUCUUCCAGUGAAGGUGUACAACCUCCACAUACACAGCACACCACUGGCGUGGCAUUGGGCAAGCGUAACAGAGAUGAUGACAGCUAUCACACAGAAGAGGCCGACUCUAAAAGAUCAAGAAUAACAACUCAACAGGAACAUUCUAUCCCCACCAUAACAGUCAUUGAUGAGAACCAGCAGGUGGUCACACAGAUUCAGCCAUCUAGUGGUCACACACAUGGGCAAGUUAGGUCAGGGGGGAUAAGUCAGGCUGCAGCAGCGACUGUCCGUCCUGUAGAACCUAGCAAGGUGAGUCAUAGUCAAGAGCAGACUGAAACACAGAAAGAUGACAUGCAGGCUGAAGCUGCCCCUGCUGCCUCAGAUGAUGUCAUCAUGGUACUUAGUGAUGAGGAAGAUCAAAGGGUGGACAGCACAGAGCAGCUUGGUGAUGAGGACGAAGAAGACUAUGAAGAUGAUGAUGACGAUGAAGACGACGAGGAAGAAGAUGACAUUGAUGAAGAGCCAGAAUGUGAUGAUGUUGUUAUUAUUGACAUGGAAGAGACUCAGCAAGCUAACUCUCAACCUACUAGUGCAAGUGGCCCAGCUGCCUCACCUCGACCUCCCCCUCCUCUCCUGCCAAUCCCUCAUGACAGGUUACCUUCAGUUGGGCGAUCACAACAGCUGACACCAUUCCUUCUGGCGGGACCAGGCAAUGUUUUUGAAGAUGAUGAUUGUACAGUACCCAGUACACCAACUUUGUCUCAACCAAGACGUGCUGAUGGAUUUGCUGAAGCCCUUAAUUCCCCUGCAGUCCCUCAACAUUUUGUGUUUGGUUCUGAAGGUGGCAACAACCCUGACCUCGCUCAGCUGGAGUCACAGAGAGCUCUGGGUGUUGAUGACACAAGAAUGGACUUGUCCCAGUAUGAUGAGACAGGAACAAGGAGCAUGCCAACCACACCACUGCCUCACCAAGUAACAGCUGCUGAGACAAGUCAAGAAACAGGUGAAACAGUGUCUGAAGGAGUAGACAGGCCUGAUGAGACUGCUGGUCAGGAAGUAGUUAGUACAGAGACUGGGGAAGCAGAGGAAGAUGAUGCCUUGUUAGAAGAAGAUGGAGGUCACACAGAGGAAGAUUCCCAAAGUGAAAGUCAAGCAGGAACUAGCAAAGAUGAAGGGGAAACAGCCCAGGAUAAAUCUGAUAAUGCUGCCAAACCACAGAUUAAAAAGAUUGUCUGGGAUGCAAGUGAACCAGCUACUUCAACAUCGCAACCUAGUUCCUCUGUUGUAGCAACACCUGUUAGUGGAAGCGUCAUUCCUUCACAUGUAUCCCAGACGCCAUUGAUGCCUCGUCAGCCCCAAAGGCGCGCACAGGGACUGCGCAGUGGAGGACCCACACGUGGUGGCAGAGGUGGAGCUGCCCAGUUCUGGUCUCCAGGAGGUGCUUCUCAGGUUCGAGGAAGCAUUCCAUUUUCACCAAGAGGAGGCAGAGGCCAUAGGGGAGGUGCCUACAGAGGGGUUUGAAGACACAGCCCAUAAAAAACUUAUUCUUUAGAAAGAAGGAAUCAAUUUGUCUUUCCAUCAAUUGAAAAAUGUCUCCAUUAUAGACUUGACAUUAUAGAAGCUGUUUAAUGCAACACCUGACAAGGUCUUUAUUUCAAUAAAUGGACUUGAUUCAGCUGCUUGCACAUUGGUCCCUGGAGAGAGAUUUACUUCAAGUGUCAAGAGAUUGAACUUAUGCUCAGUUAUGCUGGACUUUGAUUGAUGGGAUCAAUUGAAGAAUCAACAUUGCUAUAAGAAGAAAGCUUGUUUAUCACAAUUAAGGAUUUUUGUUUUUUCCAGGGACCAUAACAAGUCUUGUAAUAUUUUGUGUUCUCUGAAAUGUAUUGAAUCUUGUGUCCAUUAUUGUUGCUCAUGAUAGACACUCACCAUCACUUCUUUUUUUUUCCACUAGAUGAAAAGUUGUAGAAAACUGAACAUAGUUUGAAAGUUGUUUGAGACAGUGAACAUAUUAUGUUCAGUAGAACCUGAGCUGACUAGGAAUGUAGACAAACUGAAGACAAUUCAUUGCUGACUGUGUACUUCACUUAUCCUCUGCUGUGAGACUUAGGACCAUGUCAUAGACUUUAUAUUUUUGUCAUUUUUAACCAAAUAAAAUGUUCAGAUAUUGA